AAGUAGGUGCACCAAUAAAAUACGUGAUGUGUCAAAAUUCGGAAAAAAACCCGGAAAAGGUAUUACUGUCAAACUGUAGCGUGUCAUUACCGUCAAAAUACAUACGAUGAAAAUAGAGAAAUAAAAAUAAAAACGAACCCACAGGUUUUAAUGCUACAUUUCAUGUUGUGUUCACUUUAGCCAACGGGGAGGUCCGUUAGCUGCGGUUUUAUGUAACUUACAAGGAUUAGGUAACAUGUUCUGAUGCCACAAUGAAUGUGACAUUUAAUGUCAGCAUUGGCUCGCGUGUAACGUUAGCUUAGUUUUUAAGACAUCUGUGCGGAUUGAUGAAUUCAGUGAAGCAGUGACAGAGAAAAGGUGGUGAUAACAGAACAACCUCAUCCACCCACCAGCCAACCAUCGAGCCUGGCCUUUGUUUACCUGCUUCCCAGGUAAGAGGUGAGCAGGGGGGGCAGGGCCCUCCCUCGCCGGUAGGAGGAUGCCUGUGGAAGGUGGGAGCAGCAGCGGCUCGGCUUCGGCGGCACGACACCCCAAGCAGAAGCGGAAGGCUCACAGUUUGUCCAUCCGCCGCACCAACAGCAUAGAGGAGAGGCUACCAGGCUUUCAGAGAGGAGACAUGCUAGAGGGACAGGACUCGAAGCUGCCCCCCCCUCUACGGAACAACCUUCUCGACCUUUUUGGUCAGAUAGAACGCGAGUUUGAAAACCUCUACAUUGAAAACCUGGAACUACGCCGGGAAAUAGACUCUCUGAACGAGCGUCUGACCGGAGACGGACAGGCUAUUGAGGGAGGAGACCCCACUAAGGGAGCUUUGAAAACCAAAGCCAGCCACAGCACCAGUCAGCUGUCACAGAAGCUGAAAACGACCUACAAAGCAUCUACCAGCAAGAUUGUGUCCAGCUUUAAAGCCACCGCAGGCUCUCGAGCUUUGUGUCAGCUGCUCAAGGAGUACGCGGGCCACCGGGAUGGCAUCUGGGAUCUCGGCAUCACACGGACUCCGCCAGUGGUCCUGGGCACCGCCUCCGCAGAUCACUCCGCUUUGCUUUGGAGCAUAGAGACUGGAAAAUGUCUGCUGAGGUAUGCUGGCCAUGCAGGAUCAGUCAAUUCCAUCAAGUUCCACCCCACAGAGCAGAUGGCCCUCACAGCCUCUGGGGACCAGACAGCUCACAUCUGGCGCUACAUGGUGCAGCUUCCUGCCCCCCAGCCAUCACCAGAUGUCAGUGCCCCAUGUGAUGACGACCAGGACUCAUCGGACAGAGAAGACGGUGAGGUGGAUGGUGAGGGCCCCAGCGAGGUCCCCACCGUCCGGCUCGCUACGGCAACCAUGAAGAGCCACCAGGGUGUAGUGAUCGCAGCUGAUUGGUUGGUGGGAGGCCGACAAGUGGUGACCGCUUCCUGGGAUCGGGCUGCCAACCUGUAUGAGGUGGAGACAUCUGAACUGGUUCAUGCCCUCACUGGCCAUGACCAGGAGCUGACCCACUGCUGUACCCAUCCUACCCAGCGGCUGGUGGUCACUUCAUCCAGAGACACCACCUUCAGACUGUGGGACUUCAGAGACCCCUCCAUACACUCUGUCAACGUCUUCCAGGGACACACUGACACGGUGACGUCGGCGGUUUUCACGGUGGGCGACAAUGUGGUUUCGGGAAGUGACGACCGCACCGUCAAGGUGUGGGAUUUGAAGAACAUGAGGUCGCCAAUAGCAACCAUUCGCACUGACUCAGCCGUGAACAGAAUCAGCGUCUCUGCCAACCAGAGGAUCAUCGCUCUGCCACACGACAACCGGCAGGUCCGACUGUUUGACAUGAACGGAGUGAGGCUGGCCAGACUCCCACGCAGCAACAGGAUGGGUCACAGGCGAAUGGUGUGUUGUACGGCGUGGAACGAAGAGAACCAGUCCUGCAACCUGUUCACCUGUGGCUUCGACCGGCAGGCCAUCGGCUGGAACAUCAACAUCCCCGCCCUGCUGCAGGAGAAGUGACGCCACUGACACACUCACGUGCACAACAGAAACACGCACGCACACACACACACAGUGUAAUCUUUGGUCUCCCACCUGCUUGCAUGUAUAAAGUGUUUACACAUUGAAGCACUUUAGUCGUUAUGUAUGUCACAGAUUUCCAGCUGCUGUAGUGUGGAGGAAAUGGCUUUUUAGGAAGCCGACAUUCGAUAUUUUACUGAUUCUACAUCUCAUUUGUUCAUGGUUUUAAGUGACCCACAUGGUUCCAAGUGUGUGAAGUGCUGAACUCUGGUAUUUGACCCCUUCACUUACUAAGCAUGCGUCUUUUUCUGAGAUUAAACUAUAGAAGUAUAUAUAUAUAUAUUUGACUCCACAGUCACAGGCUGCUGUUCACAUCACUGUUGUUUAGUGACUGCUGAGUGGUUACUCCUGCAUGCAGAUAAUCUCGGUUUGCUAAUGUUACCUGACUGGAUGUGAGAGAACCAUGAGGCCAUCAGUUUAUAGGAUAAGAUAUGAAGAAGUUCUGUAUAUGUUAUUUUGUGGCCUGAUUAAGUGACCUGUGUUGCAGGUUGUUGCUACUUUGUGGAUUAAGUGUCUUACAGUGAUCUGCCAUUUAAGGUGGAGUUUGGUUCUGUGAAAUGUUUUUAUCCUUUUAGUGAGACUUGAAAUAUUCUUGUCAUUGAACGUAAUAUAUAUAUAUAUAUAUAUAUAUAUAUUAUUCAGGCCUGCCAGAUGACUUCCACAGCAAGCAGGCUGCUGGCUUAUUCAUUUUUAGUAUAAUUUACUGCAGUCUUGUCUGAAAAUGUUCACCAAUUUUUAAAAUGUCAGUCCUUGCCUUUACCUUGGAUGCUUUCAAUUCAGAACUGGCCUCCGUAUUUCCAUAUUUUGUUUUGAAUUUUCCAAAUGAUUCUUUAACUGCCUUGUUUGUUUAUAGGAAGAUAUUGUUGUAUUUCUCAAUUCUCCGUCUCUGUCAGACUGCUAAGUGUCAAGAAUCAAGGCAAUAAUGGGUAUGUGAAGGUUACACAUCAUUAUAAUUAAGUAUUUCAUAUAUGUUGCAGGUUUGGGAGUCACUACUUUUAGCCAUAUUUAGCGCUCACACAUCUUCAGUUUGAGUGAAAUACAAACCCGUCCUCUUGAGCCUGUUGCCAACUGAGAGCCCCGUCUUGCUGUAAUGUGUCAUUUCUGUGCUUCAGUAGCAGCUUGUCGAUAUGAAACUGUUGUGUUUGCACUUUGCAUUGAACCCCUUCGCCUUGUGUUACCUCUGACUUGUUGAUGUUCAAAGUCUGUGAAUUCCACUCUUUAUCCAAAUUCAGAAGCAAUAACCCAGCUGCUUUAUGUUUCUGGUGCUCAGAGUGCUUCUGGUUUAAAAUACUGAGUCUCAGUUUAAGAUCUAGUAGAGUUGAACCUGACCAGAAUACGUCAUUUGUUACACUCAUGCUCUGUCCUUUAACAUGAAGUCUGCUGUAGGUUUUGAUCUUCAGACGUGAUUUUCACUGCUGUAAGUAAGUAUGAUUUGUGCGACUGGUGUAGAUGUUGCUCAGUGUACAGAACUUGCCCCAAAGUUGGCUUCUUACCUCACAUUUGCUGCUCUUUCUACCAACAAGAGAGUGGCGAUGGGUAUUGAGGUAGCAUGAAGGUAAUCACAUAAUGAAAUGCCUUAGCGUUGCAUGGAGAACAGUGCAUCAGCCUUAUCCAUCAGAGAAUCAAUGCACUGUUCCAAAUGCAUGUUAAAAAACUAAUUGUGUUUCACUGCACGGUGCAGAUUUAAUUAUUAUUCCUGUUUCAUUUCGAGAACUCAAUCUCGCGGCCAGUGAUUUCAAUGUCAUUGUGAUCUGGAAGUAGAAAGGCAAGUCCUAUUUUCGCCCCACAAAUGAAUUCCAACUCGAAGGAAAAUGAUCUUGUAUUGAUGCACUAAGAUAUUGCGAACCAGAUGUUAGGGGUGAGCAAGAAGUGGAUAGACAGCACCAGGCCUCGUAGCGAAUCAUAUUCCUCAAAGUUCAUUAUGGGAUUUACUUUGCAUACUUCAUUGUGGUAGCUACGUGCUCUUGGACACUUUCCAAUAAAACUUGUGAUUUUCUUUCCCAGUC